AUGUUGUGUUUGGGCCCUGUUGGCUCUGGAAAAACUUUGUUGCUAAAGAAGUUACAGCAUUCCGAAAAUGUAGACUGCACAUCAUCGUCAGUUCCAACUGUAGGAACAAACAUAUGUACAAUUAAACGACAAAAUUUUACUAUGACCAUCCGAGAAUUAGGCGGAACGAUUGCUCCACUUUGGAAGCAAUAUUUCAACGGGGUCUUGAAAGUUAUGUACGUUGUGGACGCUUCGAAUUUAUGUCAAAUUUCUGCCGCUGGUGUGUUAUUUUAUGAAGUGCUCGCAAACCCUUUGUUGAAAGAUGCCAAAUUUCUACUAGUACUAUCCAAAAUGGAUGUUAGUUAUAGACAGAUGCGUAAUGAGGCUUUACUUAUGCUGCAAGUUUCUAAAUUACAACAUGAAGUUCAACAAAAUAUUCAGAUUGUCGAGGCUAGUGCAAUUAGUGGAGUUGGGUGUAAUGAAAUCUACGAAUGGUUAAUGAAAAUGUUUUAACUUAUUUCUAUUUAGGUUAGGUUAGGUUAGUAUCAAUUAAAUCCCAGAUCAAUUAAAAGAAAUUACUACUGGAAUACUUUAAUAAUUGAAGAUGUUGGCGUGAAUGAAUAUGAAGCAUCUUUCCAAUAGUCUUAAAUGCAUCGAUAUUGCUAGCAUGUAUGAAGGAAAUGGAAGGAAGGUAUUUAAAUCUUCUAUCUUUUGGUGCAUUCAUUCAAAACUUCAAACAAUGCUGUGACUAAGAAAUGGAACAGAUUUGGCAGCAUAGUUGAAAGCGGGAAUACUUUGAAAAAAGCAGAAAAUGUCAAGAAAUUGUUCUCGAGAGAACCGUUUUGAUAAAAGAAGUAAACCAGAAGGAAUAUACCCUAAGAAACAAUAUUGAA